UGCAUGUUGCUUCCUCAGUCUUGAAUCCCUGCCUCUUUAUCUUCAAGGCCCAACUCAAAUGACAUCUCCUGGAAGGGUUUCUUGUCUAUUAGUUAACACCACCGUCCUCCUACUUCUUAAUUAGCCUCUAUUCUUUUCCUGUGAUACGCAUAUACACAACUGCCAUAUUUAUAUUUAUAGAAAGUUUGUAAAUAUAUAUAUUUGUAUUUAAAUAAACUUUUGGGAUAGUUUUAGAUUUACAGAAAAGUGGCAAAGGUGGCAUAGAGUUUCCACAAAGCCCAUACUCAGUUUCUCUUCUGUUAAUAUCCUAUGUCACUGUAGUGCAUUUGUUAUAACUAAGAAGCUAACAUUGGUACAUUACUGUUGAUUAAAUUUGAUACUUUAUUCAGGUUUCCUCAGUUAUUCUCUUGUGCCUUUUUUCUGUUUCAGGCUCCCAUGGGAUAACACAUUACAUUUAGUCGUCACAUCUUAGUCUCUUCUGGUCUGUGAUUGUGUCUCAGACUUUCCUUAUCCUUGAUGACCUUGAUAGUUUUGAGAAGCACCAGUCACAUUUUUUUUUUUUUUUUUUUUUUGCAGAAUGUCCCUCAGUUUGGGUUUUGUCUGAUGUUUUCCUUAUGAUUAGACUGAGGCCAUGGGUUUUUGGGAGGAAGGCCAGAGGUAAACGGUUAUUUUCAUCACAUAUCAAGUGCACAUGCUAGCAACGUGACUUACCACUGAUGAUGUCCACCUUGCCCAGCUCUCUGAAGCGGUGUUAGUUACUGUGUUAGUAACUAUAAGUUACUUUCUACUCCUCUUUCCAUUCUCCUGUCUUUGGAAGUAAGUCACUAUCACAAGCCACACUGAAGGUGUAGGAGUGGUAAGCUCUACCUCCUGGAGGGGGGAUUAUUGAUAUAAAUUAUUUGGAAUUCCUCUGUAAGGAAGAUUUGUCUCUUCUCCAUCAUUUAUUCAUUCAGUCAUUUAAUUAUAUCAAUUUAUACUUUUUUAUACUUUGGGUUAUAACCCAAUAUUGUUUAUUCUGUUGAUCAGAUUGUUCCAGCUUUGGCUGUUGGGAGUUCUUUUAGAUUGGUUCCUGUGUCCCUUUGACAUGUCCCCUGUCCCAAUGUCCUCGAAUCAGCCAUUUCUCCAAGGAGCCCUAGUUUUAUAUUGGAAAAUGGUGUUAGAAACUAAUAUAUGGGCACUGGAUGUGCACGUUGUUACUGGGGUGUCACUACUUCUUUGCCUUUCAGUGUACAGAUACAUGGAUAUUAACCCAAGUUUAUAUAAAUAUCUGUAAUUAUUUAUCUGUUCAUCUCUAUAUUAAGCUAAAUAGGAGUUUAUACCGACUUCAGCUGAUUCAUUGCCUUCCCUCCUUGCUUAUCUGUAACUUCCCUCUCUGACUAUGAGAAACUUGGCAUCCGUCACCACCAUCCCAUUAGCUAUACUGUAAGUGUGGACUUUCUCCCUUUCCCCCUCACUAGGCUCUUAGUAUCUUAGACACUUAUUAAAUCUUUGUUGAUGAGUGAUGAAUCUUGAAGCUGUUAUGUAUCUUACAUAAUAAAAGUUUAGCAUUUUAGCAAAAGCAAUGUAAAUCAAUCUUGUAAAGUUUGAAACAAAACUUUUAACUGCUUUGUUAUGUAACGUGUUCAUUGUAGAAAAUACGAAAAGUGAGAAGGAAAAAAAGCACCUGUUAUUCUAUCACCCAGAGAUAAUACUUAAUAUGUAGACUAUUGUGUCAAAGAAUGCACUGCAGUACCGGGGAAAUUCCCAGCAUGAUGCCCAGGAGUUUCUGCUGUGGCUUUUGGACCGAGUUCAUGAAGACCUCAACCAUUCAGUGAAGCAGAGCGGCCAGCCUCCUCUGAAGCCACCGUCAGAGACUGAUAUGAUGCCUGAGGGACCAUCUUUUCCUGUCUGUAGCACUUUUGUACAAGAACUCUUUCAAGCCCAAUACAGAUCUUCUUUGACGUGUCCUCAUUGUCAGAAACAGAGCAACACUUUUGAUCCUUUCCUUUGCAUUUCUUUGCCUAUUCCUCUACCCCACACAAGGCCUCUCUAUGUCACGGUAGUGUAUCAAGGGAAAUGUUCUCACUGCAUGAGGAUUGGUGUGGCUGUACCUCUGUCUGGGACUGUCGCCAGACUUCGGGAAGCAGUGUCUAUGGAAACAAAGAUCCCCACUGAUCAGAUUGUGUUAACAGAAAUGUACUAUGAUGGGUUCCAUCGUUCCUUUUGUGAUACAGACGAUCUGGAAACAGUCCAUGAAAGCGACUGCAUUUUUGCCUUUGAGACUCCCGAAAUAUUUAGGCCUGAAGGAAUUCUCAGUCAAAGAGGAAUUCAUUUAAACAACAACCUAAACCACUUGAAAUUUGGCUUAGAUUAUCAUAGACUGUCUUCUCCUACACAAACAGCAGCAAAGCAAGGGAAAAUGGAUUCGCCCACCUCAAGAGCAGGCAGUGACAAGAUUGUCCUGUUGGUGUGUAACCGAGCCUGCACUGGGCAACAAGGGAAAAGAGAUCAAGAACAAAAGAUAACAGUGUUAAAGGAAUUACCGUACUUUAAGGUGAUUACAUUGUUGAUGUGUGUUAGAUUUGGACUGCCUUUUGUACUACACUUAGAGAAGACAAUAGCUUGGGACCUUCUGCAGAAGGAAAUCUUGGAGAAGAUGAAGUAUUUCUUGAGGCCCACGGUUUGCAUUCAGGUGUGUCCAUUCAGCUUGCGUGUCGUCAGUGUUGUUGGAAUAACAUACUUGCUGCCCCAGGAGGAGCAGCCCUUGUGCCACCCAACGGUAGAAAGGGCAUUAAAAUCUUGUGGACCAGGUGGCACCGCUCAUGUGAAAUUAGUAGUCGAGUGGGACAAGGAGACAAGAGAUUUCUUGUUUGUAAAUACUGAGGAUGAGUAUAUCCCUGAUGCAGAAAGUGUUCGUCUGCAAAGGGAGCGUCAUCAUCAGCCUCAAACCUGCACUUUAUCCCAGUGUUUCCAACUCUACACCAAAGAGGAGCGGCUUGCCCCCGAUGAUGCCUGGCGUUGCCCACACUGUAAGCAGCUGCAGCAGGGAAGCAUUACAUUAAGCCUCUGGACUCUGCCUGAUGUGCUUAUUAUACAUCUAAAGAGAUUUCGGCAGGAAGGAGACAGGCGCAUGAAACUUCAGAACAUGGUCAAGUUCCCCUUGACUGGCCUGGACAUGACACCUCAUGUGGUUAAGAGGAGCCAGAGCAGCUGGAGUUUGCCAUCCCACUGGUCCCCGUGGAGACGGCCCUAUGGACUCGGGAGGGACCCUGAGGACUACAUCUAUGACCUGUAUGCUGUGUGCAAUCACCAUGGCACCAUGCAAGGGGGGCACUACACAGCGUACUGUAAGAACUCUGUGGACGGCCUCUGGUACUGCUUCGAUGACAGCGAUGUGCAGCAGCUGUCAGAAGAUGAGGUCUGCACGCAGACAGCAUACAUCCUCUUCUACCAGAGGCGGACAGCCAUCCCGUCAUGGUCAGCCAAUAGCUCGGUGGCAGGCUCCACGAGUUCUUCCCUGUGUGAACACUGGGUGAGCCGGCUCCCGGGCAGCAAGCCAGCCAGUGUGACCUCUGCAGCUUCCUCCAGACGCACCUCCCUGGCCUCGCUCUCUGAGUCCGUGGAGAUGACUGGAGAAAGGAGUGAAGAUGAUGGAGGCUUUUCAACUCGACCAUUUGUGAGAAGUGUCCAGCGUCAGAGUUUGUCCUCCAGAUCUUCUGUCACCAGCCCCUUGGCCGUCAAUGAAAAUUGCAUGAGACCUUCAUGGUCCCUGUCUGCUAAGCUGCAGAUGCGCUCCAAUUCUCCAUCCCGAUUUUCAGGGGAUUCGCCAAUUCACAGCUCUGCCUCCACCUUGGAGAAGAUCGGGGAGGCAGCGGAUGACAAGGUCUCCAUCUCUUGCUUUGGUAGCUUGCGGAACCUUUCUAGCAGUUACCAGGAACCAAGUGACAGUCAUAGUCGCCGUGAGCACAAGGCUGUGGGCCGGGCCCCUCUGGCUGUCAUGGAAGGUGUGUUCAAAGAUGAAUCGGACACCCGCAGAUUGAACUCCAGUGUCGUAGAUACACAGAGAAAACAUUCAGCACAAGGGGACCGCCUGCCCCCGCUCUGUGGUCCAUUUGAUAACAAUAAUCAGAUCGCUUAUGUGGAUCAGAGCGACUCCGUAGACAGCUCUCCAGUCAAAGAGGUGAAACCCCCCAGCCACCCAGGGUCAAUCGCAAAGAAACCAGAGAGCACAACCAAGAGAUCCCCCAGUUCCAAAGGCACUUCUGAGCCAGAGAAAAGCUUGCGGAAGGGGAGACCAGCCUUGGCAAGCCAGGAGUCAUCCCUUUCAAGUACAUCCCCUUCUUCUCCUCUUCCUGUAAAAGUCUCUGUAAAGCCCUCCCGCUCCCGCAGCAAAGCAGAUUCUUCUUCCAGGGGCAGUGGACGGCAUUCAUCCCCUGCCCCUGCCCAACCCAAAAAGGAGUCAUCCCCGAAAUCUCAGGACUCUGUGUCAUCUCCUUCACCACAGAAGCAGAAGUCAGCCUCGGCCCUCACCUACACUGCUUCCUCCACAUCUGCCAAAAAGGCCUCGGGCCCUGCCACAAGGAGCCCCUUCCCACCUGGGAAGAGCAGGACUUCAGACCGGAGCUUGAGUAGAGAGGGCUCCAGACAAAGCUUGGGUUCUGACAGAGCCAGCGCCACCUCCGCCUCCAAACCCAACUCCCCUCGGGUGAGCCAGGCCCGAGCAGGGGAGGGCAGGGGGGCCGGGAAGCACGUGCGGAGCUCCUCCAUGGCCAGCCUGCGCUCCCCCAGCACAACCAUCAAGUCUGGUUUGAAGAGGGACAGCAAGUCUGAGGACAAGGGGCUGUCCUUCUUCAAAUCAGCCUUGAGACAGAAGGAAACCCGGCGCUCGACGGAUCUUGGCAAGACAGCCUUGCUCUCUAAAAAGGCUGGUGGGAGCUCUGUUAAGUCCGUCUGUAAGAACACCGGGGACGACAAGGUGGAGAAAGGCCACCAGCCUCCAGCUUCCCAGCAGCCAAAUGCAAACGCAACGAGAAAAGAGCAGCUUGUCUCCAAGGACCCUGCUUCUGCCAAACAUUCCCUGCUGUCCGCUCGCAAAUCCAAGUCUUCCCAACUAGACUCUGGAGUUCCCUCGUCUCCGGGUGGCAGGCAGUCUGCAGAGAAAUCCUCAAAAAAGUUAUCUUCUAGCAUGCAAACCUCUGCACGGCCUUCUCAAAAACCUCAGUGAUAUUUCUGCAAUCAAAGUGUUUUAUCUGUAAAGAUGUUUAUUUAUUUAGAACCCCUGCCCUCCCACCAAAGCCUCCUGUGCUUUUGUUUUGUACUUUUUUGAGUCACAUGCCCGACUCUGUGUGAGUGUAUGCGUGUGUGUGUCUAAUUCAAUUGCAAAUUGUUCAAAGCGUCGCCUUAUUCUGCCAUUGAACCAAAUAACAGCCAUAGGCAAAACAUUGACACCAAGCUAACUGGAAUAAUUGUAGGUGAUACCCAGGACGGCCCCUUUAGCAAUUGUACAUAUUUCUUUCUAGAGAACUCUAAUGACUUUCUUUGGAUAUGUGGGUUUUGAAACCUGUGAACCAGUAAAGCUACCAUUAGUGCGUAGAAGGAGGAAGGAGCUGACUCGUGUUUCUUCUGAGCAGGACCUGUCCUUACUGUGGAUUGUGGGUGGCACCAGGAGCUCUAAAAACUGUGACUCUUAACAACGAAACAAAUCGAGGGAAAAACUCUUGCUUUCUGCACUUUUGCCCCAUCUACCAGUCUUUGUAAAGGGCAAUAUUUUAACACUAAUGUUUCUCAGGUAUAUACUCAGCUAGUCUAGGAUGGAUGCACACCAGUAAAUGGAUUAAAGAGGAAGGUGCCAUGUGGGUGACUGUGUCAUUUCUCCUACUGCCACAGAUAGAUGUUUGCGAGGUAGAAAUGAAGCCUUUCACCACCUUCAUAUCUGCAGCGACGUGUGCACCAAAACCUGUCUUGACUCUUGGGAUAGGUCCUAAGAGGUGGCAGAUUGGAUAGCCAGAAAGCCAGUCACUCGUUUCAUUUUUUUUUCCUUCUGAAAUUACUAUCUAAGGCCGUUGGAAUUUUGCACUGUAGUAGAGCAGUUAACACCUUUGACAGAUUCCUGGAAAAAAACUUCUAGAUUCUAAAGUGGGUGAAAGACUGGACAUCAUUUUCCUUGUGAGGUGUUGCAUUUUUCCAUUAGAGGUGGGAAGCUCCACGAUGCCCUGUGUCUGUGGGCUCAUGUUUCCUCAUCUUGUAGCUUGGAGAGGAAAGAAGUUGCCUUCUGCCAAAAGCCAAUGGUGGUAUGUUGAAGCGAUGUGUGAUCAAGUAUUACCUAUGCACUUCAGAUCCUGUCUGUCGGUCUCUGUUACGGCUGCCUUUCAGUAACUCAUUUAUUAUUUCUUCUUUGUUCUUAAGAUUUCAUCUCAUGCCCAGGACUCACAAGCAGGCUUUGGAGUGUGUUCCAUCUGGCCAUGUCAGUGCAAAUUGCAUUUCUUACUAAGAAAAAGGAGAACCUCACAAAAAAAACCUCACAGAUAAGCAAAAUAUAUAGUUUUGCAAGCUUUUUCAAGGUCUCCUGGCAAUACUUUCCUGCUCAAUUUUUAGCUUUUCCUUUUUUUUUUAAAUGUCAAGACAGUGAGGGUCUUGAUUCUCUCUGAAUAGCAUUUGUCACUUUGCCAGUAAAUACAGCAUGCUAAGUUUAUGUGCUUUUAAAUAUUAGCGUUCUUCGUCAGUCUCUUCAAGUUCUUCUUGAACCCUUGGUGCACAGAUCCAUAUAUAACCUCCCUUUUCAGUAUUGCUGUGUGUGAAGUAACUACAACACGUAUGCCUGCAUAGCUAUGAAUUCUGCACUACCUUUUUUUUUUCUUUUUUUCACCCCAAGAAUAUCUCUUGGGAAAAGUUUUUAGUAGGUUACUUAACUUUAUUUUGCUGCUAAUUUGCGCAUUAGCUGGUAACUUGCAAGUCUGGAGGCCACUUAACGUUGAGGGUAGCUGGAAUUUUAGACCCUUGGCAAUAUUUAAUAUUUAGACAUUUAGCCUUGUGGAAGUUACCACAGUGCUCCAUGUGAUUCAUUGACCAUGAGCCUGUUGUCCAUUGCACUCAGCCCUGUACUCACCUCUUCACUCGCUGUCCUGGUUUUACUGUUCAGAUUUUGGUGGGUUCUCAAAGCAGCACCACUCUCAUCUGCUCAGUACAACUGUGGCAACUGGCUGCCUUCGAUGUUGUCACUGCUUUCAGCCAAGCACAUCACAGCCCCAUCAGUGUGUAGCCACCGCUCUUGUUUUUCUGUAUCGCUUUUAUCUCCUGAAAAAGAUGCACCAAAUAAGAGAUCAUCUAUAUCAGGAAUUGAAUGUCUAACUCAAACCUCUCAUUUUUGUUUAAUAGGUAGAUCUCAUUUGAAGUGUCCUGUCUGAAUUUCUGAAACAAUUAUAGUUUGAUUAGACAAAGGUUUUUAAUAACACUUCUUUUUUUGCUGUAGUCAAGCAUUAAUAGAAACUAGUUUAAUUUUCACAGUGGUAAAUAUUUUUAUUCUUGAGUUAUCUAGGAAUGGAUUUUCCAUGAUGUCUAGUGACUUAAAAAAAAAAAAAGUUUCUACAAAUCCCUUUGGUUUUCCAUGGGAUCUAGAAUAAAAUGUCAGUGUCUAUAAACUAUAUGUCAUGGAGUUUAGUCCUUGUUUCAGGUUUAAUAGAAAAAAUCAGGAAGUAUCAUGGCAUUGUCUAGACAUCAUCAAGCUGUUUUAUUUCCAUGGUUGGUAAACUGAAAAUUUCAUUAUCUCCAACUACUAGGUACAACUUUAGGCCACAGGAAAGGUUAUUUGGCCCAAAAGUUUGGAGGUGCUCUUUGAGGUGGGAAGUGUCUUGGGGGAAAAUAGUUACUUGAUUCAAUUUAGUUCAUUGGUAGGGUUGGGGACUUGGUGUUGGAUUUUUUUUUUUUUUUUUUAAUUUUCCCAACAAUAUUUAGUACAAUGAGCAUGUAUGUGCUUUGGGGUUAAAAAUUAUCUGCUAGGGAUGAUAGGCCUGGGUUUCUGGUUGACAUCUAGAUGGGCCUGAUUAGAGCAGUCAUCUCCUGGUAGGCACAAAAUAAUCACCAACAGUAAUGUUGUAUCUGUAAUGUUUGUUUGCUUUUUAAAAAAAGUUUUAUUCUUGAUUUCUUGUAAACAUCCAUUGCACUGAGGCCAUAUCAUUCUUUAAGACAGCCCUACAUCUUGCCUUGGUAAUCCCUUAGAUAAUGUGGAAACUCAAACCAUUAGGCUCCAGUCAUCUUAGACCAUUUCCCAUCCAUUUUGUAUUUUCUCAUCCUGAAAGCAGCCGAACUGAAAGUAAGUAAUAAUAUGCUGGACCAGUGGAAACGGAUGUGGGAGUAUUUGUGGUGUGCUAAAAUACUGUAAUUAUCUGUGAGGCUGCCUGACAUGCUUUUGCAAUCUUGUUUUCAUCAUGCAUUCUGCAAACAUUUUUGGAGGGCCUGCUUUGAGCACAGAGGCAAAACUGUAAGCUUCAGGGAUUUGCUGUAGCUGAGGAGCCCUGGGAGCACAGCCCAUCAAGCAGGGGAUGUGAUGGUGUCCUAAAUGGAGUGACAGUUCUCCUGGAAAAAGAGAUCACGUGGAUUCCGGUCAAAUUGGCUAAGGCUUGUGGUUCUCUUGAGCAAGUCUGUUCCGUCUGAAAACCAAAAGUGCCCUUUAUCUUUGGAGACAUUUUACUCUUCCAUCCACCUUUCCACACUGAGCUGUCUCUACUAUUUAGGGGUUGAAAAUCCAUUACACAGUCACUUUACGUUAACAUUGGGUCAUCUAUGUUUGUAUGAGACGGAUGUGGGAUUUGAGGGGAACAUUGUCAUUCCUCUAAAAUAACUAUCAUAAAAAAAUAGCAACAGUAUGUAAAGGGACCAAGAGUGGCAGCCUUUAGGGAAAAUGGAGCAGGGAAGAGCUGCGAACAAAGCUCAUUUUUUUGAAAUAAACGUGCUUUAUUUCACACAGGGGCAUCAGACGUUACAUUUCAUUCGGACAAAUUACUGAACAGCCAAAGUGAUUGUUUCCUGUGUAGGUUGUUACAAUUAUUGGAUACAAAGACAACUAGUGUUUCUGGGUUGGAUUUUUGAAAUAGCGUGCAAAUCAUAAGCACAGUUUCAAUAAAACACGUAUUCUGCAGGUGUGUGGAACUUUGUAUUAUUUGUAGUUGAGAAAGGCAAACUUUGCUGACAAACCAGUACCUAUCAUAAACAAACACAAAAAGUAGCUGUUACUGUGCAGGCUGUCUUUAACUUUCAUUUCAUAAAGGGUACAUUAUUGUUAAACCCUACUACAUGUUUUGGGGAGAAAUACAGUGCUUUUAUUUAAAUGAACACUGUCUCACACUGCCUUUUGAUCAACUUUCAAAGUAUUUUGCAGGUGCAUUUUGAGCAUGAACAUUUUUUUUUCCCCAAGUAAAAACAAUUGUGUGUGGCCUCCAUAUAACUCAGAAAGCAUGCUCUUACUACCUAUGCAAGCAACCAAUAAAACAUAUAGACACGAAAUAUUAAGUCUUUUAAAAAAAGGCAACAAUUAUGGAGCUCUUUUUAAAUUUGUGAUUUUCAAAAUAUGGCUUACUCAUUGUGUAGAAGAGCAUGAAUGUGAUUUCUUGUUUUGCUCUGCAUAUAUUUCUCUGCUGUUUUUCUGAUCAUUGGCGAGAUUGUAAAGUAUUUUGCAAGCAGAAGUGGAAUUGGAUAUGUUGAACAUACAUCAUUGGUGUACAUACUGUAUUUAACCUGAAGACUUUCCUAAA